AAAAGCAAAAUUGUAAAACAAAACAACAAAAAAUAUAUAAUCAAUUUAUAAUAAAACAUCAAACAACAUGGCAAUGCCCCAAAUAAGCGUAGCUGACCAGGCAAAAUUGCAGCUGAUGCAAGAAAUGGAGAUUGAGAUGAUGUCGGAUUUAUAUAACCGCAUGACUAAUGCCUGCCACAAAAAGUGCAUUCCGCCGCGUUACGGCGAAUCGGAAUUGGGUAAAGGCGAAAUGGUUUGCAUCGACAGAUGUGUUGCCAAGUAUUUGGACAUACAUGAAAAGAUUGGCAAGAAGCUAACGGCCAUGUCCAUGCAGGACGAAGAGCUGAUCAAGAAAAUGUCUAGUUAAAUUUCAAGUUUCUAGGUUUUUGGUCAUAUUGACCCCCUGUAUAUUUUGUGUAGCUGCUAUCCAGCUGCCAAACCAAAGCGCAUUUCAAUUGUUACGUUUUACACACACACAACUCUGCACAGACAGACACGAAUAAACCGUACGCAACAGA